AAAAAAGCACGCUAGGACAAAGACGCGCACGAAAAUUGAACGGAAAAACGGAAAAGGCAACGGCAGAUGAAGCAGCGCAAAAGAAGAAGCGUAAGGUGGCGCUAAAAUUUUAAAAAUAUAUUUCAUAAAAAUCUCUGCGCUUGGCUUCGAAGUUCGCGAUCAUAUUAAUCUAUAAUCAGAGUGUGCCUGUGUGUGUUUGUUUAAAAGCCCAAGCAACAACAACAACAAAAGCAGCAGAACAACAAAAAACCAUAAUAAAAACCCCUAAACAAAUUCAGGAUCCACUACAACAACAACAACAAAAACCACUGACGCGUCUCCAAAUGAAACAAUAAUUGAAUAAUUGAAUUACCCAAUAAAGAUAAAAAAGCAAAGCGAAAAUAACGAGUAAAAAGUUAAAGAAAAAAAGUAAGCCAGUCGAGGAGAUAUUAUAUCCGCACAUCAGCGUUUAAAGUACCAUAUAUAGUUGUUCUUAUCUAUACCCACACUCAAUUAAUUGCAGCUGAAUGCACGACUCCUUGCAGAAAGAAGGAUCGUAAUAGAGGUUUUACAUAUAUGUGCAUAUGCAUAUAUAGCGACGUUCACGAACUGUCACUGUCACUGAGAGCGAUCGAUAGCUGUAACUCCAUGUGUGUGCAUGAGUUGCAGCAUCAGUAGCGCACCCAAGGACCAAGGACCUCAUCCACAUAGCCCAUCAAUCUCUCAGAUGCCAGUGGCGGAACCCCCCCGAUAAGGCAACGCAUCGAAUCGCAUCCAUUGGACGACGACGAGGACUUAAGGACUAUUCACAGGACUAAAAGGACAGUGACUGACGCAUAUCCUGCGCUCGUUUGAUCGUUCGUUCGCUCGCUCGCUCUAUCGCUCUUUCGCUCGCACGCACCAAAAACAAUCCAAAACAGAAAUACCAGAAACAAUACCAAGCAAGCCAAAAACCAAAUAAUACCAAGCUAAACAGACGCCUCAUUACCAAACAUCGAACGUUUCGUUGUCGUUUAACCAAAAUACCAAAAGCGAAUCAAUACCGAAUCAAUCCAAUCAAUAUCCAAGCCAAUCCAAACCAAUCCAAUCCAAUCAAAUCAAAUCAAAUCGAAUCGAAAAAGAAAUACUCCAACGAGACAUAGAAACAGAACAGUAAACAGUAACAGUUAACAGUAACAGAUACCCAAAGCAAACGCAAAAAGCUAAAGCUAAAGCAAUCAUCAGUCAAAGUCGAUAACCAAAACCAGCAACAUUCAGUUAAAAAUGGCCGAAGACGCUACCAUGGAGACAUGUCCAAGUCCUGAAAUCGGCGACUCACGCAAAAGGCCACUCGAUUCCGAUCCGGAAAAUGAACAAACUAAACGCUCACAUUUCAGUUCCGCAUUCCUCCCACAAAACCAAUGAAAACUCUCAACCGAACUCAACUCAAAUGUGAUAAACCCAAGCAAGUAAAAAGCAGUUAAAAAAUGUUGUGAUAAUGCUACGCAAGUAAAGACUAAAAUAGAAAAGCCGAAAGUUAUUAAUCAAAAACGAAACGACUGAAAAUAAAAAUAAACACAAAUCAAAAAAACAAAACAAAUGCAACAUCAUCUCAAAAGAUCGCCGUCCUGUCAUCGAGCCAAGCUUCAAGUAUUAUAGAACCAACCGACAGCACCUGCAACAUCAAAACAUCCGAUCGAACUCUGAACUCUGAUAGCUGAACUCAACUCUACAGCUGAAUGUUUAAUGAUUGGAAAGCGGCGCGUAGGUUAAAUCGAGACAGAAUCCCAAAUAAAGACACAGUUUACAAAACACAUACAAAAUAAAAUAAAUAAGAACGAGUACAAUCGAUUCAAGGCAGAAUCAAUUCCGUCGCAAGCAAACCGAAGACUGAACGGGAACGGCAACAAUUCCAAUUCCAAGGCAAUAUUAUGGAGAGUAUUAUGAAGGCGGCCAUGGACAGGGCGGCCGAGCAGCUGAUGCAGCAGUUUGGCUUUGAUUACUUGCAGCAGCAGCUGCAACAGCAGCAACAGCAGCAGCAGCAACAGCAGCAGCAGCCACAUCUACAGCAGCAACAUGAACAAGAACAAGAACCCGAACUAGAGCCACAAAAUGAACAUCUCACAUAUCGAUAUCAGCUAUCAGAGCCCACACAUAUGCAGCAACUAGCUUGUAACUAUCAGCCACGACAUUCCACAACCACGUCGUCGCCCUCAUCAACACACAGCAACAACAGCAGCAGCAGCGGCAGCAGCAGCAGCAACAUCAGCAACAUCGGCAACAUCAGCAACAUCGGCAAUCAUAGCAACGCUGCAUACUCAUUAGCCGUUCAUAGCUAUAAGCAGCAAGAAUAUCCGGCUAAUCCCAGUCAUGUUCCGCACCAUCAGAUGGAUCAGUCGCCCCUGAGCGAGAAUGGUUCGCCGAAUGCCACGCCAGGUGUCCAGACGCCGCCAGCAACAUCGGCCGGCACGGGAGCAACACUAUUGGCAGCGACAGCAGCAGCAGCAGCAACAUCGGGGCCCAACUAUAAGACUAACUCCUGCUGGUGUUACGGUGAGUCAGUUUGUUCUGGAAUUGAGGUUGAAAUUGAAAAUAAUAACAAUAAUCAUAUUCAUCAUGGUGAGACAACGUAUCACAUGAAAAUACUGGUGCCCGCGGUGGCCUCCGGGGCCAUCAUCGGCAAAGGUGGCGAGACGAUCGCCUCCCUGCAGAAGGACACGGGUGCUAGGGUCAAGAUGUCCAAGUCCCAUGACUUCUACCCAGGCACCACCGAACGCGUGUGCCUGAUCACCGGCUCCACGGAGGCCAUCAUGGUCGUGCUAGAGUUCAUCAUGGACAAGAUCCGCGAGAAGCCCGACCUGACCAACAAGAUCGUCGACGCCGAGUCAAAACAGACCCAGGAGCGCGACAAGCAGGUCAAGAUCCUGGUGCCCAACUCAACGGCCGGCAUGAUUAUCGGCAAGGGCGGUGCCUUCAUCAAACAGAUCAAGGAGGAGAGCGGCUCCUAUGUCCAGAUCUCGCAGAAGCCGAAGGAUGUCUCGCUGCAGGAGCGAUGCAUCACCAUCAUUGGCGACAAGGAGAACAACAAGAACGCCUGCAAGAUGAUCCUUUCGAAGAUCGUCGAGGACCCCCAGUCGGGCACCUGCCUGAACGUCUCCUAUGCGGACGUCAGCGGCCCUGUGGCCAACUUCAAUCCGACCGGCUCCCCGUAUGCCACCAACCAGAAUGCCAUCAACUCGAGCACCGCCUCGCUGAACUCCACCCUGGGCACCACGAUCGGCGGCGCCAACUCGGCGGCCAGCCUGCUAGUCAACGGCACCGGCAUCAACUUGUCCAUCAACCUGGGCUCACCCAAUCCGGCGCCCAAUCUAGCGGUUGCCAAUCAGCUGCUCGAGCAUAUUAAGGUUGCCAUGCGCGGCUCUGGCUACUCGGAGACCGUGACGAACGAGGUCGUCUCCGCCCUGGGCAUCCUGGCCAAGUACGGCGUCCUCGGGAUGGGCGUGGGCGUGCCGCACACCAACGGGGCCCACUCCACGCUGGGCAACUUCCUCGGGGUGACGACGCUGGACCAGCAGACUGCGGCCGCCGCGUCCGCGGCCACCGCCAGCAAUGUGUUCGGUGCCGUCGGCCAGGUGAAUCUGGAGCAGUAUGCCGCAGCAGCGGCCGCUGCAGCUGCCGCCAGCCGGCCGACGCAGUCGCAACUGGACGCUGCCGCGGUGCAAUUCGAUCCAUUCCGCCAUUUGGGCUCGGCCACGGCGCCGGGCGCCACGCCCGUCUCGCUGAACAACAACAGUUUCGGGCUGACGGCAGCCACGGGAACGGCGACCACGGCGCAGCUGGGCGGACUCAGCAAGAGCCCCACUCCGGGCGACCUGAGCUCCAAGGACUCGAAGAACGUCGAGGUGCCGGAAGUGAUUAUCGGCGCUAUUCUAGGUCCGAACGGUCGUAGUUUAGUUGAAAUUCAACAUGUUUCUGGCGCAAAUGUGCAAAUUUCCAAAAAGGGCAUAUUCGCACCUGGCACUAGAAAUCGCAUUGUAACCAUAACUGGUCAGCCGAGUGCCAUUGCCAAAGCGCAAUAUCUAAUUGAACAGAAAAUCAACGAGGAGGAGGCAAAGAGGGCGCGACAAAUUCCAUUAACCACUGUUGUGAAUUAAACAAAACAUGAGAAUCCGAAAUCCGAGUAAAGCAACCAACCAGCAAUCUUAACAGAACAACAAACAAAAGCAGGCAAAAAGCAAAACAACAACAACCAAACUACCCAACUACCCCUUACCCAAAAAAAAAAAUGAUGAAAAUCACAAAACACAUAAGCAAGUUUUUCCUCUCAAAUUUGUUAAUUUCUUUAAAAAAAAAAAGAGGAUGAACAUAGUAAACUAAAAAACCCGAUUUCUAAAAUAUUAUGAGAAGGGAUAACAAAAAAGGAAACACCAAUUGUUAUGCGUGCAGCUAAGAGUUAAGCAAAUUAAAAAAAAAAAUAAUAGUAAUAAUUAUGUAUUGCAAGACCCAUACACCUUUUGAGUAAAACUGUUCCAAGGCCUUCACCUCAAGAGAUUUGCUUUAAUAUUAUAACAACGCCCUUUAAGAAAGCGAAAGGAAAAACAGUGAAAAUUUUGUAUAGAUACUAUGUACUACCCUUCUCUACGAUAAAUUGUUGCAUUUGUUUGUCACGCUCGAAACUUUAAAAUCGAAAAACAAGUUAUAUUGCCAAUUGCCAGUUAGACACAAACUAGUUGCGAAAGAAAACCGAACCGUUUGGGUUUUGUUUGUUUGUGAUGCGUAUGUUUGCGUUGCGUGUUUUGUUUUUGUUUUUGGUACUCCCGACCAAGCUAUACGAUACGAUAUACAUGGGGCAUAUAUACAUAUGUAUAUGUACACAGUUGUUGAGUCUUGUUUAUAUAUAUAUUAUCUACACACAUAUGCCCAUACAUAUAUAUAUAUACAUAUGCCACCACCCACUUACACACACACCCCCCCCAAACCCAACCCACACACCUAAUUAUUAGCAUUAUGUUGAGCUAAAACGAUAAAAAAAUGUAUAAUGAGCGAGCGUUUUCAGUGAAAACUUCAGGUGAUUCUUACCCUCGAAAUAAGGUAAAUAUUUUACUACACCCCCAAAAAAAUAAUCAACAAGAAAAACACUUGCUAUUACAACCACAACAGGCUAGUGAAAAAUACAAUUUCAAAGAAAAUACAAGAAAAAAGAGUGACUUUGUUGACAUUUUCCGUGAUUUCGUUAAAAUUUUCUGUUUUUAUCUGUUCUCUGUUGUUGCCCCUCUCCAUAAUUGCUUAUCGCUGUUAAUAUCUAUCUAUAUUCACCCACGAUUCUGCAGCCCGACCUCUGUAUAUGAACACUUUCGGAACGCUACAGUUGAUGUUGAUCUUGAUCAUGAUAAUGUUGUUUAGUUUUAGAGACGAUCCCAAGUCGGAUCGAGUGGUGUUAAUGUGUUGCGCGCGCACGUGAGUCUCCUUUUGGUUUUGAUUUUGUGCUCCCGAUUUGUUACUCCUUAAAUCUUUUGUUUUAUAUAUAUUAUUUAUGAAAAAAACACAUUGCGAUUUGUUAGUUGCCAGUCGGAGAACUGCACUCCUUACUUUAUUUUUUUUUGUCAUUUUGCGUUUGUUACCCACAUAUCUUUGGUAAAUUUAGCACAUUUGUUUCUUACAUUCUAAUUUUAAGUCUUACAUUUUCUCUCACCUAAUGCAUCACAAGUAUCUUAAAAAACAAAAAAAAUGUGAAAAUAUGAAAACAUAAAAAACCUUAGCAAAACCAACGUUUCUUUGUAAAAUAUUCAUUUUCAUUUAGGGGUUUCUUCAUACUACGUCAAAACAAACAAUCCACCAAACAAUUUCCCUUGUUAAUUUUAAGUAUUGUGCAAUUAUUAAACAUUAUUUCAACAAACAUUUCACAACAAUUAUAUGUACAUAUCUAUCUAGAAACGCAGUGUAAAGACAAAAGAGAUGUUAACAUCACAUUUAAAAUUUUCCCUAUUCAUAUACACACACACACAAGGACAAAAGUACCCAUACGAACACCACUCACCUACAGAGAGAGAAAUGCCUUACUUGUAAUGAAAUUUUUCUUGUUUACAUUAUUCCUUACACAUAUAAUUUAGUUUAACACUUCUUUUCGAUAAAUAAAACGAAGAUGAAACGAAAUUUAAAUAAAAUUUGAUUAAAAAACCUGCUACGUUUAUUUUAUUGUUUAAUUUGGAGCGUUCUGCGCACCACAACCGCCAAAGCCACCGCCAUUACCCACCCAUCAACCACCCACGAGCGCCGCACCACCACUAACCCAAUCGUAUCCCCAAACCAAAUCAGUCUACAACAUUAUCAUGACCAAUCGAAAUCAACUCAAUCAGACAGUCAGUCAGUCAGUCAGUCAGUCUAUCAGUCAAUCAGUCAACCACUUCUUUGCUCAGUUCGAUUUCUACUUCGACUUCGAUUCAAUCACUGAAAACGCUCAUCACCGUAGUGAAAUGAUAAAAAGUAACAAACAAACCACAACGGCAACCAAUCCUAAGCUAAGUCUAUAUAUUUAAGUUAAAAGUUGUUCUUAUUAAUUUUUGCUAUUAUUGUUAAAACUUACCUACAAUUGUUCUUAUUUGUGCAAUAUUUAUAUAAUACGAUUAAAAUACAAAUCAAAUGGAAAACAGAAGAUAAUUAUAACAAAAAAACGAAAAAGAUCUAUAAGUAAACUAAUGAGAAAUAUGGAAACAAAAAAAAAAGAGAGUAAAUUUGAAAGUACAGUCGUAAAUGCUAGUGUGCCUUGAAAUAUGCAUUAACAUCCAAAAGAAAACAAAACGAAAACGUAAGGGGAAGGAAUAAGGAAAACGAUGUUGGUGUUUUAUUUAGAUCUAUUAUUUUAUGAGUAUCAUAAAGAAAAAAAUCCAGAGAUCGAGUUCGAGAUCAAGACAAUUUGAAAGUACAUACAAUGCAAUAGACCGUCUAAGAACAGCAGAAUUCCACAGUAACAACUUUGAACGAAACGUAGCUUAACAAACAACAACAGCCAAAAUCACAACAAGCAUAAAAACACAGAUCCCCCUUCGUCCACCCCACAAAAACCAGUCAACCAAUCAAUCAGCCAAUCAGUCAACCAACCAAUCAACCUACCAAUCCAACAACAAACGAACAUUUAUUUCGUCUUCUUCGCCUUACUUCAGAACGGGAGAGCAACGAACACCAUUUCAGAGCCCCCAUAAUCAGUAUCAGAAUCAGAAUCGAAGCACUAUAUAGUCGUAUCUAUCACAGACACAGACGCUCACGAUCCCCUGCAUACGCCCACACACACACACACACAUGAUACACAUGAUACAC